CGUAGACCGGUCCCCGCCCAGCCGGCUUCCGCCGGGGAGGAAGAGCGUUGCCAUUGGCGCCGGUCCCGUGGACCCCACGCGCGUUCGCGGAGCCCCCUGGCCGCUUCCGAGACCCUCCCGCCGCUCUGAGCCCUGCUGUGCGCGCUUCCAUUGUCCUUACGGCCGUGGGAGCCGAGACGCGCGUGCGAGGCCUCUGCUGAUGCCGAGGCUGUUGUUGCGCCGCCGUCGCACGGUGCGUCCCCCGCCCCAUGGAGCCGCCCGCGGGGGCCGCGGCGACCGGGAAGGAUCCUGCGGCCCGAGACGAACCUGGCGAUGCCAAGGUCUCGGCGCCAGCUGGAGACCCCCUGUCCAGGACGUCGUUUCCACACAAAGCUGGACACUCGCUGGAGGACUGGGACACUGUGGCCACUGUGGGGACCGGAACCUUUGGCCGAGUUAACCUGGUGAAGGAGAAAACAGGCAGGCGGUACUAUGCCUUGAAGAUUAUGAGCAUCCCGGAUGUCAUCCGUCUGAAGCAGGAGCAGCAUGUGCAGAAUGAGAAGGCAGUCCUGAAGGAAAUCAGUCAUCCCUUCCUCGUCAACCUGUUCUGGACUGGCCAUGACAACCGCUUUCUGUACAUGCUGAUGGAGUUCGUGCCUGGUGGUGAGCUGUUCACCUACCUGAGGAACCGUGGCCGCUUCUCCUCAGUUGCUGGAAUCUUCUACUCCACAGAGAUUGUGUGUGCCAUCGAGUACCUGCACGCCAAGGAGAUUGUCUAUAGGGACCUGAAGCCCGAAAACAUCCUUCUAGAUCGGGAAGGGCACAUCAAACUCACCGACUUCGGCUUCUCCAAGAAGCUGGUGGAUAGGACAUGGACCCUCUGUGGGACACCAGAAUAUCUUGCCCCAGAAGUCAUUCAGAGCAAAGGUCAUGGGAGGGCCGUGGACUGGUGGGCACUGGGCAUCCUUAUAUUCGAGAUGUUGUCUGGGUUUCCCCCAUUUUUCGAUGACAACCCUUUUGGGAUUUACCAGAAAAUCCUUGCCUGCAAAAUAGAUUUCCCCAAACAUUUGGAUUUCACCUCUAAGGACCUCAUCAAGAAGCUGCUGGUGGUGGACAGAACCCGGCGUCUGGGCAGCAUGAAGAACGGGGUAGAAGACAUCAAGCGGCACCGGUGGUUCCGGGGUGUGGACUGGGAGUCUGUGCCACAGAGGAAACUGAAGCCACCCAUUGUGCCCAAGUUAUCGGGUGAUGGCGAUACUUCCAACUUUGAGACUUAUCCAGAGAGUGACUGGGACAAGACCCCUCCUGUGUCCGACAAAGAACUGGAAACGUUCAAAAAUUUCUGAGGAUGGGAACCGACAUCUGCAAGGAGCGUGAAGAAUUCCAUGCAGCACUGAGGACCAGAACUGUUUUUGUUGUUUGUUUUUUGGUUUUUUGGUUUUGUUUUGUUUUGUUUUGUUUUUGCUGAAAAACCAGAAGGAUUCAGUAUAUGUAUCCACUAUCCCUUCAAGGUUAACGGAAUCAUUGCCCUCAGGACCCGGCCUCAUUUCCACAACUGGAAACCUGCCUGGUGGGAAGUUUGCAAAGCCUGUUAAACUGUAGAUGUUUUGUUUCUUCGUGAGUCUUGUGUUCCUGCCAUGGGUUUAGGUUUUGUUGUUGUUGUUCUACUGAAUUUUGUAAGUUUGAAUUUGACCCAUUUGAUGAUAGCUGUCACUAUGUAUAUGCACAGACAUUGUGCAAAACUGGACAUUUGGUACUUUGACAUGCCUGUGACUUGUUUACUUUCAAAACUUUCUGAAAAAUCUGUCACCCUGCAGGCAAAAAAAAAAGGGUGCGAUGUAUGCAUUUUCAAAAUGCUUUUCUAUGCAUUUUGCAGUCAUGUAUGUGUGUUGUUUAGUCACUGUUUGUUUAUUUUGUUCCUCUCUGGUCACUAUAAACUCAGAAGUCGGGAAGGCACAUGCCCUGCAGGCUCCUCAUUCAAAUAUGGCACAAACAGGUGGCUUUUCCCAAUCUUCCAGUUUAGACGUCUCCAGUAAAAUAUCCCUUCCUAAAGGUAAGCCAGAACUCUGCAUACUGCAUUAGCCAUAUGGCAACCUGGGUGCAAAGUUUGUCUUUUUAUGAUACUACAGAUUUAUCCACAUUCCCAAAAGGGAACUUCAAGGAUCCACCCCUCAACUCCCUCCUCUGUCAUAAAUGGCAUUUUCUUCCCACCAAACUCAAUCCUGUCCUCCCAGUCUUGUCCAUCUGUAAAAACUCAGGUUCUAGACCGGGAACUUUUCUGAACGUUUGUACAGAGCUGUAUUUUCAGUGAGUUUUCCCAACCCUUUCCAAUAUGCAAAAUAACCGGGUUAUGUACCACGAACAGACAUACACAGGAGAUAGAAUUCUGGAUUAUAAUCAAACGGAAUAGACACGCUGACCCACAUAGGUGCUGUCAGCAUUUGAUAUUACAUAAGAAAUAAUGUAAAAUUAGCAUAGGAAACAUUGCCUUAAUUCUAAACACAUAUGAGGACCACAGUGUGCUCCUAACGUACUUAGCAAUCUGACCCCUGAUCCUAAAAAUCAAAUGUAACACCUUUAAUUGGGCUGUAAAUUAUACCAUGUGAUGUCAUUGUAGUGACAUCAGGUAGUGCAUAGGAAUCAUAAUUUUUUAUCUUAGUGUUUUUAGUGUGUGUGCAUGUGACUGCAAUACAUGUGGGGGCCAGCAAGGCACUCCAGAGACCCUGUGGCUGGACAUGCAAGUGGUUGUGUGUUGCCCUGUGCAUGCUGGGAACCCAACCUGAGUCCUCUGCAGUCCACAUAGUUGACAUGCAAAAAUAAAAUAAAAUUAGGAAGGGUUGAUGGGGCAGAAACAACCAGGAAAAAGGAUGAGGGAAACAUGUCCUAGGAGAAGUGUGCCCCCAGCACCUUCUCAUAAAGCAGUGGGGCAGUUAAUAAGUUACAGAUUCCUCAGGUGGUGGUUUGAUUCGAACCAAGUACAAAAGAAAAAACAAUCAGUAACCAAUACUAAUUUAAAAACAAAUCCCCAUGCUCUCCAACCAAGACUGAUUUUUCUUUUUAGUGUUUAGUAGAGAUAAAAUACUAAGUGCUGUGGAAUGGUGCUGUUUCAUGUUACACUGUAAAAUGUGAUUCGAUGGCUAAAUACUGUCCACAUGACCCUCCGGCUGUGCAAAUAUCUCAGCAUUGGACCAAAACAUAUCAGUCAUAACCACUGUGCUGUUCAGUGAACUCUAGCCAAGAUUCAGCGUUGUGUGGGUCUUGAUGUCAGAGAGAAAAGCCGGGGAAGAAUUAUCACUCCUGGCUGUAGAUUUUGAGGCGUGUCGCUUUCCUGGAUUUUUUUGUGUUUUGUUGUUUUGUUGUUGUCGUUUUUUGAUAAAUUCCAUAGGGAGCAUUAAUGAAAACCUGACGCUUGUCAUUCUUGUUUCUCACACACACUGCAAACCACCUGAAAAUUGUGAUGCAAAGUCAAGGUUUUUGCAUGGGUUGAUUCCCCCAUCUCUCUGUGUGCUUGUGUGUGUGUGUCCGUGUCCGUGUCCGUGUCCGUGUCCAUGUCCGUACCGUUUCUUGUUCCCAUCAGAUCUGCCUUGCGAACCGCACAGCCUUUGCAUCCAACUGCACACUGUCAUUUCCUGGGGUGGGGAGGCAGGGCUUGCUCCAGUAGGUUAUGUAAUAGACAAAAUUACUUGUGUGACUUAGGGGAAGUGAGCAGGAGCCUCCCUGGCCUUCCCAAUCCUCACAGGACCAGAGUCAAACCCCGUUGGCAGCCUUAGUUCUUCUCACAGUGUGGGUACACGCCACUUGACCUCCUGAUGUAACAGAUGUCGCGUGCACUGUACAGGUGUGUCCUCACUGCUGAGCACCUGCUGGCUUGCCUGAAACUAUCACUCAGAAUGAAAAAGCCUCUUUUUUUUCUUACAUUCUAAUCCUGCUGCACAAUUAAAAAUCACUGUGAUUUGUGUAUAUAUCUAUAUCUUUCUAUAUAUUUGCCCCAGGAAAUUUUUUCUGCUGUCUAAUUUAUAAAAUAAUACUAUUGAGUCCAGGUUUGUUUAAUAAAAGUUUGUAUGUUAAGAAA